AUGAGCAGAAGAGAUGAUGCACCCUCCUCUCCCUUUCCCUCUCCCUCUCCCUCUCCCUCUCAACCUCCACCGUCCAAAGAUGAUGAUGAUCAAUUAUCCACCAUCACCAGAGAAAUCAAUCACGCCGUCAGAUUACUCCACAGUGACCCAACCAAAGCUUUGAAUCUCUUCAAGUCCAUCCUUUCCCGCCACCCAAACCCGACGCUUACUCAAGCCAAUGCAGUCUACAAUUUAGUCGAAUCUGGCCUCCAAGACGAGAUCCAUGCGUCCGAGAAUGUCUUGGCUUACAGACAGUACCACCUUGAAUCACUCAGAAAGGAACUCGGAACCCUCAAAGCGCAAAAGAAGAAGAUCUUGUAUGCUAAAUCUAUGGCAGGCAUAAAGAAUGAUAUUCAAGAACAACAAAACAGAAAGAAAGAGAUCGAAGAGAGAGUUAAUACAUCGAGAAAGAACUUCAAAAUGCCAGAGGAUGACAAAAGAAAGCUCAAGAAACACGCGUCCAAGGUUGUAGACACGGUGACUACACGGGUCAAGGCUUAUUGGAGAGACACCAUGAGUAUGGAGCUAAAGAAAGAAUUGUUGAGGAUUCAAAUAAAAGACCUUAAACUGCAUUUUGUUAAGGAUAUUAAAUCACCCGUGGCUGAGGCUGUGAUCAUGGAGGCAGUGGAGUAUGUGAAGGAGGCAAAGAAUUGGAAGUUUUCUUUGUGUUGUUGUUGCAGCCAGCGGUUUUUUGACGUCAAAUCCAAUGCGGAGCAUAUAAAGAGAACGCAUUUAGGGACUUUUCCCGAUGAGUUAUCAUUCGAAUCCGAAGUUGUAUUUGAUUCAGUCCAUGACACCGUUGAAUCCCGCAAAUGGAGACCUGUGAAUGUGGCCGCCGCUGUUAAAAUGAUGGAAGAUUUGUCAAGAAACGAGCGUGGAGAUGAUGGCCUAGAUGAGUCAAAAGUUUUCAUGAACCAGAAAGAAUGGCCUUACUGCGAGGAUAGCAGGCGUCACGUGAUCAUUAAUAAAAUUCGAGUAAAGUUAUUGUUGUUCUUGAAGAUUAGAUGUUUUGUUUCAAGUCAUCUUUCAGCGUUCAUGGACUUGACAAUGGAAAUGCUUAAGAAGCGAAUCUCAGAACAGCUGCUUAAGAAACAUUGGAUGAAUCGCACACUGCUCUCCGUAUGCUUUCUUGACAUCCCAGAGCUUAAUCGUGUGUCCAAGUUCUUGGAUGAUCUCGACAGUAUUUGCGGGUUACAGUGUCUCUGCGAGAGUCUUGAGAAGGAUAAGGCCAGAGGUGAGUCUUGUGUUGAUAAUCAUGAGAAGAUUGUAUUCAAUGAGGACUUCUCUUGUGUAGUUUUUGACAAUAGAAUGUUACGUGGAGAGCUGGUGGUGCCGAAUGAUGGAGCUGCUGUUACUUCUAGUGCUGAUGAUGAAAUCGUAUUAAAUGAUGAUGAGUGUAAAGAUGCUAUUGUGGAUUGGUUAAUGAAGGGUGGUACUAAUAUUAGUAUUGGGGAGCAAUUAAAGCAAUGGACUCAUUUUAGGGAAACAAGUAGAAGUCAUGCGAUGGAGUUUUUCAAGAUCUAUGAGGCUGAAUUUCACCGGAUGCAGAGCAUUUGUGAGAAAAAAAUAGGGUGUUUGAGAGACAUUAAGCUGUGGAAGAAUUUAGAGACUAUCUGUGUUGAAGAAGAUAAGAGAAGAAAAAAGUUUUCCGCAUACAAACCAUUGAGUUACGAGUAUCUCUUGUUAAAAAGACACAGAGGGAUUGAAAGGAGAAAUUGUGAUACUUUUGAGUCCGAUAUGAUAUUAGAUCUUUUGAGAGAAGAACAAGUGGAGGACAAUGAAAUAAAAUUGGCGAUCAUGAAUCAGAUUAAUGAGAUGGAUGAAAAGCUUUACAAAUUUGAUGCUAUAAUUAGGACAACUUCUAUUGCUAUGCAACAGACGGGGAAGAAAAUUGAUUCAGUAACUGCUUAUGACUACCGAUCAAUUAUGGUGCCCCUGCUGAAGUCAUUAAUGCGGGCACGCCUAGAGGAUAUGGCUUACAAAGAUGCUGAAGAGAAGUCUAAUGCUGCAAGCGAAGCAUUGUUGUCAGCACUUGUUCUUAGUGACAAGAAGGGUACUCACAGAGGAGGAGGUGGAGCAAGACAAGGACAGGGAAAAUCCAAGACUAAAAAGAAGAAAAAGGAUCACAGAAAGACAAACGAAUUAAAGGCAACUGGAGGUAGCGAGGAGCUGCAGGAAAAUGUGCAGCAAAUUUCCUUUCCAGCUGCACAUGGUGGAGAUGAUCGUCCUAAUCCUGAGAUUGUGGAUCCUGUAACCACUGACGAAUUGGAGCAACAGGAAAGGAAACUUACAUCUGAGGUGGAGAAAGAGCAAAGAAUGCUUAAAGAGCAUUUGGAGUACCAGAGGCAGGUUGAGAAUGAAGCCAAACAAAAGCGCCUUGCUGAGCUAAAUAAAGCUGGAAGCAGUGCAGGAAAUAUGUAA